UACACCAAACUAUUGGAGUACGUAUAGGAUACGAUGGGACAUGUACUAGUUAAUUAAACAAGUUGUGUCAGGCUCGCCAGCUAAGUGCGGUCUGCAUCGCGGCCAACGAUUUCAAAAUUCAAAAUCGUCAUAUUAGUGUACGCUUCACUGCCCAUCAUGUACACUGCUAAUCGGGGGAGGGAGGGAGCGGCCUAUCCAUCCUGUACCCCAUGAACUCGGGUCUCGGAAGCUCCGGCCUUGGCGAUGGCGUGUCCUCUAUGGCCUCGCAUGAAGAGGGAAGCGGGGAUCGGUGUAGGCGAAGGAAUUGUUCAAGGACUUCGCGCUGAUGAUCUCCAACUAAACUCUGUGAUGGGAGGCUGUGACAGCUGCCAUGGUGGGGAGAAUCGAAGGACCGUCUGUCUUCAAAGAUCAGGCGAGAUAGAAGUCGAGGAAGAUGAGAAGCGGCUGCGAUUCAAACACUCGACGUCUUCAAGGUUAGUCAGUUGCUGCAAUAUGCAAUCUUUGCGUUUGAGGAUCAACUUUUUUUGGGUGUUUCGGAAUAUGCAUGAUUGUUCUUCUUUACUUGCCGAUCUUUUUGUCAGUUAAUUUGGUUGUUUCUGCGCAAUCCAAAAAUAAUGUAAACAACGCGUUGCAGAAUCAGAGUCGCAGCCUUUGGUGGAAGCCAAGCUGACGUGCAAGGCGAUCACGCCAUUCAGCUGGAGGUCAGGUCGCUGUUGGGCGGCCGGACGAACUCCAAAUGGGACGACGAUGGAGCAGCAUUCAAGGUCCAGAAUGCAGUCGGGGCACAUGUUGGUGAUGAUGAACAUAGCUUUCGGUUACAGCAAUCGGCGUGUGCAAGAAUGUUUUGGAGGGAAUCACUUUUUUUUUCUAAGAGAAUGGCAGAGAAGAUGUGGUGAAUUCUGCUUGCGGGUUGGGAGCAUCUGAAGUCGGUUAUGGGCAACUAGAUUUGAACAUGCCCUGUUCUAGUGCUCCGACUCAAGAUUUGGAGGGGACAGUUGUUAUACUUGGUGAAGAAAGUUGGAUAUCUGGUACACAAGUUAUGAGUUUUCCGAUUGAUACCAGGACUGACGAGGUGGAAGGAAAAAGUCAUUUAAGUUUGAGCGAUGAAGACCGGAAUUUGUCAUGUGGCCCAGAACAUUUAUUUGGGAGUACUAAGAAUCAUGGUAAAUGUGUCCCCCUGGUUGACAGUGCUGGGGGGAGGAAUGAAUUGUCGCGGAUGCAAAGUGCUGCUAAUCAUGAUGUGGAGAGGGAGCUGGACAUCAUCCCAUUUGAUAUCAAUGUAAGAAUCGAAGACGAGUCUGCAUUUGUGCAAAAUAGCGGUGUUACAUCUGGAGUUAUAUCUACUGUUGGAGAACAAGACGUGCCAUGGAAGAAGCGCAACACAAGAUGUGAAGGGCCUGACUGCAGAGCUCAUGUCUAUGGAAGAGCUAGUGCACUACAACAAGCUGUGAUGAAAUUUGCAGGGGGCGGGAGUGAGUACGUAAUAAACCCAAGUGUUGGCACUGAGUUCGAUGACUGUGAUGAGGCAUAUGAGUACUACAACUUGUAUUCGUGGGAGUGUGGUUUUGGUAUCCAGUGGAGGAAGAAACGGUGGUCCGAGAAGAAGGAACGAAGAAACAAAAGUGAUGAAAUGCGUUACCAGCUAGGACAGGAGUUCUAUUGCAGCUGUCAUGGGAGUCCGGAUGCCAGUGUUAAGACAAGCUCAUCAAGAACAAAUUGCAAGGCGAUGCUACGUCUGCAUCGAACAUCAAACCAUGGCUGGGUAGUGGUUGAGCAUAUUAGUGAACAUAAUCAUCCAUUAUCAACAAACUUGUGGCGAAAAAAAGCAUUGGCCUUCGCACCAUCAUUUGGACAAGUAUACAAAAGACUUAAUACGGAUGUUGCGGGGAAACAAUAUUGGUUUAACCAAGUUGUACACCAUUCUUGGUGAUUUCUUUGGUUCGAUGCAAAAUGUGCCAGCAACUAAGAGAUCUUUGAAAACUUUAUGCCACAAGAUAAA